CGGCGGAACCUGGUUUCCCUCCCGGGCCAUGGCGCGAGCGGCUCUCAAGGUCGUGGGGCGCCAGCUCAGCCAGCGCAGCGGCCCGGGGGCGCCUCUGUUGCUGCGGCAGGUGCGGGCAGGCUGGGCCGGCGAGCGGAUCUCUGAGCCGCGGGGUCAGCAGGCAGAACUACCAGAUGUUUGAGCCCAACAGCUGCACCUACACCUACCUGCUGGGUGACAGAGAGGCCCGAGAAGCAGUUCUGAUCGACCCGGUUCUGGAGACGGCACCGCGGGACGCACAGCUGAUCAAGGAGCUGGGGCUGCGGCUGCUCUAUGCCGUGAACACCCACUGCCACGCGGACCACGUCACGGGCUCGGGCCUGCUCCGCUCGCUGCUCCCGGGCUGUCGCUCCGUCAUCUCCCGGCUCAGCGGAGCGCAGGCCGACUUGCACCUGGAGGAUGGAGACCCGAUCCACUUUGGGCGCUUUACCCUGGAGACUCGGGCCAGCCCUGGCCACACGCCGGGCUGUGUCACCUUUGUCCUGAAUGACCACAGCAUGGCCUUCACUGGAGAUGCCCUGCUCAUCCGAGGGUGUGGACGAACAGAUUUCCAGCAAGGCUGUGCUAAGACUUUGUACCACUCGGUCCACGAAAAGAUCUUCACGCUUCCAGGAGAGUGUCUGGUCUACCCGGCUCAUGAUUACCAUGGGCUCACGGUGUCCACCGUGGAGGAGGAGCGGACUCUGAACCCUCGGCUCACCCUCAGUCUGGAGGAGUUUGUCAACGUCAUGGACCACUUGAACUUGCCCAGGCCUCAAAAGAUGGACUUGGCCGUUCCAGCUAACAUGCGCUGCGGGGUCCAGAACCUCCCCUCCUGAUCUCAGCUGUCAGGUGCUUCCAGCCGUUAAGAGCUGCACGAGCAGGGUGAGGGGAGGGGUGGCCUAGAGGAAGACUCUCCUCUCACCCUCUCUCACCAGCCCCUGGAGCUUCUUAAAUAAAUUACCUUUCUGGCUUUGCUGUGAA